GUACCCAAAUUCCCCAAAUUUUUCUUCGAAACUCAAGUGAAAAUCAAAAACCCUAAUUUGGAAAUUAUCGGACCAAUCUUAACUCUGCGAAGUGGACUGUAUGAGUUAGCUUAGAGAUUAUAACUGGGCCUUUUUCAUGGCGAAAUUCUAGGGUUUCAUGACUGAACUCUGUCGAAAACACUCGAAAUUCUUCAGAAAUUAUGUCAUACGAAGCUUCAACAAUGUCCAACAACAUGCAAUUAGCAUACAACACUGACGGAUCAGCUAUGUACACCUCCAUGAACCGACCUGCAGCGUCCCCGUCACCGUACCACAACCCUAACGGAGCCGGCGCCGGAGAAAAUGAUUCCAUGGCGGUGGUCACGGCGUCUAUCGACGGCAGCGGUGGCGUAGCGGUUAAGCGGAAGAGAGGACGGCCCAGGAAGUAUUCCGCCGACGGUUCUGACUCUCCGGCGGCCGUUGACGGUGGUGGCUUUUUGUCUCCGGCGGUGAAGAGGCCUAGGGGUAGACCACCUGGUUCGUUGAAUAAGCAACAGCCUGCUGCUUCAGGUUCACCAGGAGUGGGGUUCAUGCCGCAUAUCCUUGAUGUUAAAGCUGGAGAGGAUAUGCUGGCAAAGUUAAUGUGGUUCUCACAGAAUAGCACUAGAGCUCUGUGUGUUAUGUCAGCUAAUGGUGCCGUAUCGAACGUUACACUUAGGCAAUCACCGACUUCUGGUGGAACCGUCACAUAUGAGGGGCGUUUUGAGAUCCUGUCUCUUUCUGGUUCGUUUAUGGUGGCUGAGGUUGAUGGUCAACGUAGUAGAACGGGUGGGUUAAGUGUGGCACUGUCUGGUCCAGAUGGUCGUGUUUUAGGUGGUAAUGUGGCUGGCCUCUUAACUGCUGCAUCACCUGUUCAGGUGAUUGUAGGUAGCUUUGUUCCUGCAAGUCAGAAACAAUCAAAACCAGUAGAAACCAGUAACAAUGAAGCCGAAGUUGUAAAUGCUCCACAGAGUGAAACAUCAGGUGGAGGACUUGGUUACUCUCUUGAUCAAACCACCACCACCACCGCUGCCGCCAACAACCACCACAGCGGCAAUCCACAAGGGAUGUCUAAUAUGCCAUGGAGAUAAAUCCCAUUUCACCUUUGUGUUGUAAAAACCAAAACCCCAUCCCAUUUGUUAGGAAUCCUAUGCUCUGUAGUUGUAGUUUCUAAACUGAUUGUGUAAUAAUAGUUUCAUGUCCAAAUAGUAUGUGGAUGGUGUUGAAUCUUGCAUCUUUUAGAUCAAUGAGUACCAUAAAUUAUGCAUUC